CCGCGGACUGCGGGUUUGCGGGCGCCUGGGUGCCCGGCUGCCACCUCUACGCCGUCCCGCGGGCCGGGCAUGGGCGCCGGCGCCGGCACCAUGAGUGUCCUGGGCAGCCCGGUCCGCGCCUACGACUUUCUGCUCAAAUUCCUGCUGGUGGGCGACAGCGACGUGGGCAAGGGCGAGAUCUUGGCGAGUCUGCAGGACGGCGCUGCCGAGUCCCCGUACGGCCACCCGGCGGGCAUCGACUACAAGACCACCACCAUCCUGCUGGACGGGCGGCGGGUGAAGCUGCAGCUCUGGGACACGUCUGGGCAGGGGAGGUUCUGCACCAUAUUCCGCUCCUACUCGCGGGGCGCACAGGGUGUGAUCUUGGUCUACGACAUCGCAAACCGCUGGUCCUUCGACGGCAUCGACCGCUGGAUUAAGGAGAUCGAUGAGCACGCUCCUGGCGUCCCUAAAAUCCUGGUGGGAAACCGCCUGCACCUGGCCUUCAAGCGGCAAGUCCCCACGGAGCAGGCCCAGGCCUACGCGGAGCGCCUGGGCGUGACCUUCUUCGAGGUCAGCCCUCUGUGCAAUUUCAACAUCACCGAGUCCUUCACGGAGCUGGCCAGGAUCGUGCUGCUGCGGCACGGGAUGGACCGGCUCUGGAGGCCGAGCAAGGUGCUGAGCCUGCAGGACCUGUGCUGCCGCGCGGUGGUGUCCUGCACGCCCGUGCACCUGGUGGACAAGCUCCCGCUCCCCAUGGCCUUGAGGAGCCACCUCAAGUCCUUCUCCAUGGCCAACGGCCUGAAUGCCAGGAUGAUGCACGGCCGCUCCUACUCCCUCACCGCCAGCUCCGUCCACAAGAGGAGCAGCCUCCGCAAGGGCAAGGCCGCGCGGCCGCCCCAGAGCCCGCCCAAGCGCUGCACCAGAAACAGCUGUAAAGUCUCCUAAGGAAAGCUCGGGAAAGGCACACGCGGACCCUCCAGGAGACCCUAAGCCGCCACACGGGGCUGGCAGGCCCUUCGAGAUCCCAGAGACACCGGCCGGCCCUGCAUGGCGACCGUGCAAUGAACACCGGUCCACGGUUUGACUUCGAUGUUUCCGCGUGGAUGUGCAUGAAGCUGUGGUGUCAGACGUGUGUUUAUAAACGGAACGCUGGUGCUCUGAGUGUCACUCACACCACGACUGCGCUGCGGCUUUUUCCUUGAAGUGACGGCUCGUGUGAGAAUGGCGACGUGCGUGUGCUGAGUGUGAAUCCGCGGACCCCAAGGGCAGCGCAGGCCAACGGGAGUCAGUGGUGGGGAGGGGCCUUUCCGUAAACCUGCUUUCUAACGUCCCAGCCUCAUGUGUUAACGCUGCGGGCGCGCAGCUAAUCUGUCCAGCUUCUGUACGAAAGGGGUUUGAUAAAACUUUUGCAAUGUCAUUUACUACGUUUGGGGAUUAAUAAGUGGUUUAUAUGCAUAUUUUUCUGUAAAUCUACAUUUUUUGUAUAAAAUGUCCCACAAGUUAUGAAGCUAAGAAAAGAAAAUGCCAAAGACACCUCUAGUCACAUUGCCGGAGCCAGGGCCAGAGCGUGCGGGCCGGGCGGAGGGCCAGGCCCUGUCACGGGCGGAAACGCCGCUCAGCAAUGGAAAGUACGCCCGCCUCGCGGUGCCGCUGUUGGCGGGUCCCUUCCCGUUCUGUGUGUUUUACAGCCCUCUCCUGCGUCUGCUUCAUCGCCGGUCUCAGGCGCCCCACGGUAGCACAAAACACAGCGUUGGCAACAGGCUUCGUUCCUAAACUGUGUCAUCUAUUGAAAAGGAUUCCUUUUCAUCAAAAGAAAUGUAGAGGCAGAAAGUGGGGAAUACAGUUAACAACAUGGAGGUAGGGGUGCCAGCCUCCUGCGCAGUCGAAAAUCUGCGUGCGACCGCAGUCGGCCCUCUGCACACGCGGGUCCCCAACCGUGGGGGUGACCCUUGAACAGCGCAGCCCAGCGGAAGCGGCACGCGAUCCGCGCGGUCUGAGCCCGCGUCGUUCCAGGGCCACCUUGUGCUAAGGAGCGCCCGUCUGCAGACGCCGGCAGGUGCUCCACAGUCCGCCUGGUGGGCUCACAGGGGGCAUGAGGCGUGCCCCCACCAGACGGGGUCCUCAUCUGUGACCACAAGUGACCUAGAGAACCCCACAGGGUCUCCCGUGCCUGGUGUAUCUGUUUGCUGUCUCUCCGUGGCAGCUGGAGGUUAG